UCUCAGUAGCUGAUUCGCUCGCUACAGGGUGUGUUCGUCAGUGUGCUCGGCGCGGGUGAAUCGAAUCAAUAGUGGAACCCUUCUUGUGCGUAUCUAAAAUCUCGUCGGAAUUGAACAGUUUGUGAAUCCUCAACAUGUGACACAUUCUGGAUAAUUUACCGUCUGGGCAUGUCUGCCGACAGUCUGGUGCCGGUGGACCGGGGCGUAGAGUCGUCCCCUCCCCCCCUGCCAGGGGCCCCGGGGGUGGUGCCUACGUACCCUCAGCGCUGCCAUGCCAUCGACUACAACUACGACCUCAUCCCUGCCGUCAUCUGUGCCAUGUACAUCGUCUUUGGCAUCGUCUACAGCCUCUUUGGUUACCGAUGCUUCAAGGCCGUGAUGUUCCUCACAGGGUUCAUCUUUGGCUCAGUGAUCAUCUACAUGAUCUGCAUACAGGACAAACUCUUGCCUCCUUACGCUAAUGCAGGCAUGGCGCUGAGUGCGGGUCUACUACUUGGCCUGAUCACAAUGCUCGUCCAGUACGUCGGACUGUUCAUGACUGGGUUCCACACAGGGUUGUUUGUAGCCAUCGCAUCUCUAGUGACCACAGAGCAAGUGUCACAUCCCCCCACCCUCCUCACCACGGCUGGCACCAUGCUGGGCUGUGGUGUGCUGUUUGCCGUCCUCAACCUGCAGUGGCCCAAAGCAUUCACAGUGCUGGGCACCAGUGUCUACGGUGGAGCCAUUCUCUCAGGAGCCUUGGACUACUUCAUAGAGAAGCUGAUGAUGGUGCGGUGGGUCUGGGACCGCAUCACUCUACGCCAGUCUCCUGCCCAGCCAUGCUGGUUCAGCUGGGCAGUGCUGGGCCUUUGGCCGAGUGUGGUCGUGUUCGGACUCAUCGUCCAGUUCGCAAUCACUGGACGUGGUAUUCACCAUCAACAGCUAUUGCCUGUGAAGCAUCCCAAUCGCCACGGCAACGUCCCUCGGCCGCGUACGCGAGAACAGAGGGCGGAGCUACGACAGAAGAAGUACCGAUACUUGUAUCAAGUACGGACUGCUCAUGGAGAUGUCAUAAGUCAGAAUUACGUCCAGGCUUUGCAGCGUAAGGUGAUUGGGGGCGGCGGAGGAGUGGGGGAAAGCUCUACAUUACAGUCCGACGCAACACAUCUGACGAUCCUGCCCGACGCAACGACUGCGCACUUCGACGACGAUAUACAGCUCGACCCGAGACUCCAUUAUCGAUAGUACGGCCGUUAGCAACGCCCUCUGAUGGUGAACUAUCCACGUCCACAGCGAAACCGAGAGCUUCAGUUAACAUGUUAGGCAGCCUGAAUAUGAAGGGAUAUUUAGCUUAAAUAUAUUGUGUAAAACAGAUUAUACAGAAAUUAUUGCAAAAUUGUAUUGGAGGGAAGGAUUGAUACGUUUGUUUACCAUAAGGGUGGAUUUAUGUCACUGCUACACCAUAAUCUUUUACAUGCUUUAGCAAAGCAAUUUUAAACGAGAACUAACUAUAAGUACUUCUGGUAUGGUAUUGUAAUCUUCAGACUUGCUUUGUAUUUUGGUAAAUCAUUAAAAUAACUGUAAAGUUUGUUUACAGAAAUGUGAAAUUCAUAACGCAAAAGAUGAUAUGUUUAAAAAAAAAUUGUAAAUUAUUACAACGCAGACAUUUUUUCCAUUAUAUCUAGCAGGAUCUUUAUUAUACAUGAUGUGUAUUAUAUAUUCCCAUGGUUUAUUGUGAUAUAUCGGACAGUGUACUGUGUUGAUUUUGUUUGAUGUACAUAAAAUGUGUCCAUUUGUUAGGUUAGUUUUGUAUUAUGUAAAUUAUUAUCAAAUCAUUUAUGCUUUGCUGUAACUCGUGCUUUGUAUAGAUAUCAAAAUUAUCAUAUUUUAAGAGAGUAAUUUCAGUUAUAAAUAUUAUGGAACUGAAUAAACGGAAAAAAUUGAUUCAAAUUCAUACAAGUUUUUAACAUUUUAUUAGUAGAAGUCAGACAAAUGGUCUUUGAAAAAUAUAAUAAAAAAAUAGAAAAAAGAAAAAUAGUAAGUUUACAUCACUUUUGGGGAAAUCUGUAGCAUAAUGAACAAACCACUACAAAUUGUAAUUUCUAACACAAAUACACGGGUUUGAUAAAACUUUUAUUGUAGCAUGCAUAUUUUUGGCUGUGUUAGUAUUAUUGUAAAUUACCUUUGAAUAUAGUAAUAUUAGAAGCAGGUUAGUGAAUACAUAAUGUUAAGCUCACUUCGAGUUAUUCUGUUGUGAAUAACUAUCUCAAUUUUGUAUUAGUUGCGGGCCAUGUCAAAUCUUGUAUUUAUUGUACAAAGCUGAACUGUAUAAAAUUAAGUAGUUGUAAAUCAUAGAAUGAUUUUUCUGUUCUUAAGUGAAAACCUCCUAUACAGAAAGCCUAUUGUGUGAUUAAAUAGGGUUUGUAGAGACAGACAUGUCUACAAAUAGUAAAAACAAAACAAGAUUUAAUUUCCUAUUGGAACAGAGCUAAACAAUAUCCUAUCUAUCUAUCUAUAUAUUAAUAGGCAAGCAUGUUUCUUUAAAACCUUUUUUCUCAGCUCGUGUGUAUCGUAGGGAAAAUCUACGCAUACCGUUAGAAAGCUAUUUUCCUGUAGGUGUGCAGAAUGCCUUUAAAAAUUAAAAUAGGCUAACAAAUAAGCACAAAAAAUGAAUUUGAAAACUUCAAAAAAUUAACAUGGACCAUAUGAGUUGCCAUGAUGGUGACGAAAUAACAACAAAAUGUAAACAGAAAAUCAAAACAAAGGUAAGAAAUUCCAAUCACAUGUUUUAUUUACAGUGUGGGGAGAAAAUAGAGAAGUCUGUACAUUAAUUAUUUUUGGUCGAGUUUCGACCACAGGACGACCACUAGUUAGUUUUAAAUUGUGACAACUUGUAUAAUUUAAGUGUUGAUUUUAUGUAUGAAAUUAGUUUUAAGUAAAGGACUUGUGUUAUUAAAACGUUUUGUUUGCACAAAUUAAACAUAUUUUUUGUAUUUGUGAAGAAAAAGCACACAAAACUCAUUGCGUAUUGAUCAUAAUUUUGUAGAUUUGUACAUUUUGAAAGGUGCUCUAUUGAUGUGAUUUCUAUGGCCAAUGUUAUUGCAUUUUUUCAUUAAAUUAUAUAUAUUUAACAUAA